CCUUCUGAAAACGACAGAGUUUUCUUCGUUUGUCAAUUCGUUAGCUUGCACGUUCAAUUUAUUUGAUCUCCGAACAGGCUUUGAAGACAACGGCAAAAUCCAUCGGCGAAAGGGAAAAGAAUUAUUGCAAAAUUGAAGAAGAAAUAGAGGAACAAGAUGAAGCUCGACGUCAAUGCGAUGGCUUGUAGAGUCGAAGUCGAUAAUCGAAUUCCACUCCGGUAUUAUUAUCGAAUCGCCGAUAGUCUCCUCAAACAGGCGAACAUUUAUCGUGAGGAAAAAAAUAUAGUAGAUUUGUACAUAAUUCUACUUAGGUAUUCAAGUUUGGUAUCAGAAACAAUACCAUUCCAUCGAGAUUACCAGGCUUUGCUUCCGAAAGAAAAGGCGGUGUAUAGGAAGAGACUUUUAGCUGUACUCGAUGAGCUUGAGUCUCUAAAACCAGAGGUUCAACAGAGAGUUGAAGAACUAAAUAAAGCUCGUACAGGGGCUCAAUUGGUUGACCUUGAUGACCAUGAAGGCCCUUUCCAUGGCUCAGGUAAGAUGUCACCUUCGGAUUGGAACCCUGAAAAUAGACGGUUGAAUAUGAGCUUGGAUAUUAAACAGCCUGCCAACAUGGAAGUUCAAUCUUCAUGGAAGUAUAACGAUAAUCAUAAUCAGAUUGACAGGCAGUUUCAGAAGUUGUCUCUUAAUAUACCGCUUCCAAAUAAAGAAACUCUGUCUAGACACUCAUUUCUAGGCCCUAACGGCUUUCAUGGCCAGUGGCUCGGACCAAGUGCAGAGAUAAAGGUUCAAUAUCCUAGCAAUAAGGACUUGGCACCUGCUGAAAAUUCAAGCCUCAAUCAGGCUGGACAAUAUGGUCCUUUGGCUGUAAUAGAUGGUGAACCAGGAGGGGUUGGUUCUGCUAUGGACUCGGUACUCUCGUUGGAUGAUGGUCGAUGGUUACAUCCUGCUGAAGAGUCAUGUACUUCUUUGACUAGUGAAGCAAACCAGGAUCUUUUCCAGUUUGUUGGUAUGAAACAACCUUCUCCUCCUCCUGUUAUUGCUCAAGUAAAGCCAGAAUUUACACCAAUUCAUCCAUCAAAAGUUGCUGAUCCAAGACCUGGUCCUGCAAAAUCUUCUCAAGAUGGAUUGCCAAACUCUAGUUCAUUCCAACAUUUACAUGUUCCAGUACAAAUGUUGGAGGAUUUCUUACGACUGGCUCGGGCCAAUACAGAAAAGAACUUGGAAACAUGUGGUGUCUUAGCUGGAUCAUUGAAAAACAGGGUUUUCCACAUCACUACACUUAUAAUUCCAAAGCAGGAGUCAACUUCAGAUUCGUGUUCGACAUUAAAUGAAGAAGAGAUUUUUGAAGUUCAAGAUAAAUUAUCUCUUUUUCCUCUGGGAUGGAUUCAUACGCACCCAACUCAGACAUGUUUUAUGUCAUCAGUUGAUCUUCACACACAUUACUCGUACCAGAUUAUGCUACCGGAAGCAAUUGCAAUUGUUAUGGCCCCAACUGACACGUCCAGCCCACAUGGUAUCUUUCAUCUGUCUGAUCCUGGUGGUGUGUCUGUUAUCCGUAACUGCCAGCAGCGAGGAUUCCAUCCCCAUGAGGAACCUUCAGAUGGAACCCCAAUCUAUGAGCGUUGCUCUCAUGUGUUUAUGAAUCCCAAGAUAAAGUUUGAUGUUGUUGAUCUCCGGUGAGAUACGAUAUAUUAAUGCACCGUGAUGAAGCAUUGCUGGUAAAAUUUUCUCUAAACUACUAUUUUGUUGACAUCGAUCUUGUAAAAUUCAUCUAAAGGGAAUCAUCAUGUAAAUAGAGCAUAUUCAUAUUUCUUUUUUCUUGGAUCAUAUUGUAAGAAUUACCUUCCCUCGUUCCUUUCCCACUUUGUAUUGUAUAUUAAGACUCGUUUUGGAAUGGAGAAUUGUAGUAGCAUAUUAGCUGCAUUACUACCCAA